AGGUACGCGCGUUCGCAGCUCGCUGGAGGAGAUCGGCGGUGGCGGGAGCGGGCUCCGGAGAGCCUGAGAGCGCGGCGGGGCGGGGCGGGGCGGGAGAAAGUGGCCGUCCGGGGGGACGUUGGCGGCUACGCGAGGCCGAGCGGAAGACUUUUGGCUUUUCGUGCGCGCCAUCGAGAACCGUGCUCGCUGUUGGCCGGAGGGGUUCUGCCCGGAGCCUCCCCUCCACCCCCGCGGCCCCGCGCCGAGUUCGCCGUCCCGAGCCAGCGCGGGCUACGCGGAGAGCGUUCCCGACCCGCGCCCCGCGCCCGGAGCCGCCCCCCGACUGCCCAUGGCGACGCGGGUGCUGACCAUGAGCGCCCGCCUGGGACCCGUGCCCCAGCCGCCGGCCCCGCAGGACGAGCCGGUGUUCGCGCAGCUCAAGCCGGUGCUGGGCGCCGCGAACCCGGCCCGCGACGCGGCGCUCUUCCCGGGCGAGGAACUGAAGCACCCGCACCACCACCACCCGCAGGCGCAGCCCGCGCCCCCGCAGCCCCCGCAGCCGGCGCCGCCGCCCGCCGCCGGCCCGCGACUGCCGGCCGAGGAGCUGGUCCAGACAAGAUGUGAAAUGGAGAAGUAUCUGACGCCUCAGCUUCCUCCACUUCCAGUAAUUCAAGAGCAUAAAAAAUAUAGACGAGACAGUGCCUCAGUCGUAGACCAGUUCUUCACUGACAGUGAAGGGUUACCUUACAGUAUCAGCAUGAACGUCUUCCUCCCAGACAUCACUCACCUGAGAACUGGCCUCUACAAAUCCCAGAGACCGUGCGUAUCUCACAUCAAGACAGAACCUGUUACCAUUUUCAGCCACCAGAGUGAGACGACUGCCCCUCCUCCGGCCCCGACCCAGGCCCUCCCUGAGUUCACCAGUAUAUUCAGCUCACACCAGACCGCAGCUCCAGACGUGAACAACAUUUUCAUCAAACAAGAACUUCCUACACCAGACAUUCAUCUAUCUGUCCCUUCCCAGCAGGGCCACCUGUACCAGCUACUGAAUACACCGGAUCUAGACAUGCCCAGUUCUACAAACCAGACAGCCGUAAUGGACACCCUUAACGUUUCUAUGUCAGCUGCCAUGGCAGGUCUUACCACACACACCUCUGCUGUUCCGCAGACUGCAGUGAAACAGUUCCAGGGCAUGCCCCCCUGCACAUACACAAUGCCAAGUCAGUUUCUUCCCCAACAGGCCACUUACUUUCCCCCAUCACCACCCAGCUCAGAGCCUGGAAGUCCCGAUAGACAAGCAGAGAUGCUCCAGAAUUUAACCCCACCUCCAUCCUAUGCUGCUACAAUUGCUUCUAAACUGGCAAUUCACAAUCCAAAUUUACCCGCCACCCUGCCAGUUAAUUCACAAAACAUCCAACCUGUCAGAUACAACAGAAGGAGUAACCCCGAUUUGGAGAAACGACGUAUCCACUACUGUGAUUUUCCUGGUUGCACAAAAGUUUAUACAAAGUCUUCUCAUUUAAAAGCUCACCUGAGGACUCACACUGGUGAGAAGCCCUACAAGUGCACCUGGGAAGGCUGUGAUUGGAGGUUCGCCCGCUCGGACGAGCUGACCCGCCACUACCGCAAGCACACGGGUGCCAAGCCCUUCCAGUGCGCCGUGUGCAACCGCAGCUUCUCGCGCUCCGACCACCUGGCGCUGCACAUGAAGCGCCACCAGAACUGAGAACUGAGCGCCCGGAGGCGGAGGCGCGGGCCCCGCCGGCCCCGGCUCAACUCCACACUAACUAUUCCUAUAAAAGAGAGAACGAAAUACUGGAAAAUGUAUAUUUUGUAUAUUUGAGAAAACAGGGAAUACAUUGUAUCAAUACCAAAGUGUUUGGCUGUUUUCAGAGUCUGGAAUGCUGGCUGUGAACGCAGGUUUCAUCUCACACAGGCAGCCACGCGCGAGCGUGGGCCGGGGUGGAGGGAGGGGCACGCGCGUGUGUUCGAGGCUGGGCACCCUCGUUCUUCGCGACAGUGUUUAGUAAAUCAAGUUUCAGUCACCGGAAGGAUGGAGCGGGAUGUCAAGAUUUUUACUUGACGUGGAAUAAUUUCUUCCUCAAUAUUGGAUAAUUCCUUAGAGGUGAGGUACGCACUGUACCUGGCAAUUCACAAAUAGCCAUUGAACAAAUACUUUUCUUUUUAUAUGAGUUGCCUAUAUUUGCUAUUGAAAAUUUUGUAAAUAAGCAAAUCAGCUUUAUAGGUUUAUUACAAGUUUUUUAAGGUUCUUUUUGGGGGCGGGGAGGGAGUCACACUUCUUUCAAAAAUAACCAUGAAUACAUUUACAAAUAGCAUUUGGGGGUCGGAGAACCUCUCCAAAUAUUACCAAAUUCAGUUCUUUGGGGAAAGGAAUAAUCAUUCAAAUGAGUUUUAGAAAGGAAAUCUCAUGCACUGAUUAAAGCAGGAUUAUUUUAAAUAUGGAAGAUGUUUUAUAUGAAUUAUAAAUUCAAGCUUCAAAAUCGUUACAGUAUACAAAAGUUAAACCUCACAAUAAGCUAAAUACAGUAUCGGUUUUUGUUUUUGUUUUUUUCCAGAAGGACAUGUGCUUUUCACAUAGAAACAUUGAAUUUAUGACGCAGUUUUCGUAUCCUGAGAUGCUUGUGCAGUACUGUUGGUUAAAUGACAAUUUAUGUGGAAUUUGCAUGUAAUAUACAGUGAGACACAGUAAUUUUAUCUGAAUUACAGUGCAGUGCAAUUAGCUGUUAAUACUGACUCAGUGUCUGCCUUUAAUAUCAAUGAUAGGUUGAAAGCUUAAGAAAGCAAGCGCUAUUCCAUAUAUGCAAUAGAAAAUAGUAAUGUGAUGUCCACGCUGUUAACCAAAGGGCAGAAUAAUAAGCAAAAUGCCAAAAGGGGUCUUAAUUGAAAUGAAAAUUUAAUUUUGUUUUUAAAAUAUUGUUUAUCAUUAUUUAUUUUGUGGUAAUAUAGUAAGUUUUUUUAGAAAACAAUUUUCAUAACUUGGUAAAUUAUAGUUUUGUUUGUUAGAAACGUUGCUCUUAAAACGUGUAAAUAGACAACAUGGUGUAAAUAAUUUUGUAAGAGGCUUCAAAAUGUUUAUACGUGGAAACGUACCUACAUCAAAAGCAUAAAAUCGGUUGCUGUUUUGCUUCUUUUUUUCCCUCUUAUUUUUGUAUUGUGGUCAUUUCCUAUGCAAAUAAUGGAGCAAACAGCUGUAUAGUUGUAGAAUUUUUUGAGAGAAUGAGAUGUUUAUAUAUUAACGACAAUUUUUUUUGGAAAAUAAAAAGUGCCUAAAAGA